CGGAAGUAGUGUGGGUACAGCGCAGGUGCUGAGGCGAAGUGUGUGUGUGUGGGAAACCAGGUGUAACCUGAGGAGGCGGGCGCGGCCGGCUGAAAGGAGCUCAGUUUUCCUGCGGAACUUGCUGAGCAGCUUGAGAGAAAAGGGGAGGAAAGGGUGAAGCGAAGACACAGAGACCGGAGUGUCGCCAGCACCUAUUAGUGUUGCCGUCUACCUGGUUUCUGACAUCGCGGACGAUGGGAUUUCCUUCUAAGGCUGCUUUCCUCCUGGGAGCGCUUUUGGCGCUCGCCGCUACCGUGUGGAGCCAAGAAGGAUGUAAAUGUGAGAAGAACAAACGGACAACAAAUUGUUCUAUUCUUAAUGGUGUAUGCCAGUGUAAAUCAAUUGGAUUUGAUAUCACAGUGAACUGUCAGACAUUGACUUCAAAAUGCCUAUUGAUGAAAGCAGAAGUGGCUGGCUUAAAAUCAGGUAGAACAGAAAGACCAGAACAUGCAUAUGUAGACAAUGAUGGCAUAUAUGAUCCAGAAUGUGAUGCAAAUGGCUUCUUCAAACCUAAACAAUGCAAUGGAACAAAGACCUGUUGGUGUGUAAACAGUGCUGGAGUGCGAAGAACUGACAAGAGUGAUCAAAACAUUACAUGCCAAGAAGUAGUAAGGACAAGCUGGAUUAUUAUUGAAGCAAAAUAUCCUGACAGUAAUACAGACUUAGACAAAGCUGCUAUUGAAAGUACUAUUGGAAAAAACUUUAAGGACCGUUACCUUUUGGAUGAAAAGCACAUAAGUGUUAUGUAUGAGAAACCUUUAAUUAUUGUCCAUCUCAAACAAAAUGCUUCAGAAAAAGGAAAUACUGAUGUGGAUAUAGCUGAUGUAGCAUAUUAUUUUGAGAAAGAUGUCAAAGAGGACCCAAUCAUUACUACUGUUGCAGAAAAACCUCUUAAAUUGGAGAACACAGUAAUAUAUUAUGUUGAUGACAAAGCACCCGAGUUUACAAUGAAACGUUUGACUCCUGGAGUUAUUGCUGUAAUUGUGGUUGUGGUCCUGGCAAUAGUGGCUGGUAUUCUUGUACUGAUAUUUACCCGAAGAAACAGGGGCAAGUAUGAAAAAGCUGAGAUAAAGGAAAUGAAUGAAAUACAGAGAGAACUAAACUCGUAACAUCUUUAACAUGAAAUGAAAUGAAGACUGGUAAAUGAAUAAAAUUUGACAGAAGAUAAUAUCAUGGACUGCUAUUUUGUAAAAGUGUCUGAAUCUUUAAGCAAUCUUUCUACUAAACUGGCAUAUCAUUGCAUUUUGAAGCUAUAAAGAUUCUAUUAAAAGUCAUAAUUAGUCUAUUCCUUCGUCACGAUUUCUGAUGUAACUUAGUAAUGUCAUUUUGGAUGUCUUAAAGUUUGUUGAAGUAUCUGAUAAUUUUUAUGUCUAGGCUGCCAGGUAACUUUUGAAUACAAGAGUGUAUGUUUGUAUAUAUUCACAUGUAAUCAUUUUUUUACACACGGUGAAUUUUAAUAAAGUUUGAAAUGUA